GCAGCGGCGCUGGCUGGGCGCGGGCGGGCGGCGCCUCCCCCUGCUAGGUCCGGAGCUCGCACCCGCGCUCGCGCAGCCCGCCUGCCCCGCGCCCUGCGCUACACGCCCGGGCACCGCCCCCUUCCACGGCCGCGCCGCCCACGUCCACGUUCACGCGCGCGGCCUUGCGCUCCGGUGCGGCGGCGGCGGCGGCUGCUGCUGGGUCGCCGUUGCUGUCGGCUUUACACGCAGGUCAUUAACGAGGGGGCGUGCCCGAGGAGAUUUUUUCCCAUAAAGCAUUUUUUCUCUCUUUUUUUUUCUCUUUUGCAAAACUGACUUUUACCUCUUUCCACUUCUCGCCAGUCAUUUCAAUCCCUCCUGGGCUGUUCGUGCUGCUGCUGCUGCACUCAAGUUUAUUUUCCCGCCUGGUAGAGGUUUUAGGAUUCGGUUGGUGCUUUUCACCUCUUGUUGCUGCUGUGCCCAAGGAGGGAAAGAGGAGCAGCUGCAGGAGGAUCGGGAAGGUUUUCUGAUGUAGUCAUCGGGGAGGUGCCACUCGCUCCUGCGCUCGCUCUCUCUCUUUUUUUUUCUCUUUUCCCGUUUCAAACUGAUUGAUGCAUCUCUACAAGUUGCCGGGCUUGGGGCAAGACCCGUCGGAGUCGCAGGGACACUUCUGAGCGCUCACCCGAGGCUCUUGGCACCGCGUCUGGGGGCUCAGUCUUGCUCCCGGAAGGCGAUCGGAGACUGACAUCAGCCCAUCCAGGAGUUGCAGGGAUUCAUUUAAAAAGUGAUUGUUUUCCCUCUCGCUCUCCAGCCUAACAGUUGGGUUGGCGUCGUCCUGCAGGUUUGGGCAUCCCAGCUCCGCCUCGCUGGCUGGUUCGUAACCUCUGCUCUUCAUUCACUCUGGUGCACCCACACCCGGCCAAGAAAAGCACGCGCGAGAAAUCCCCGAGGCUCUGCCAGCGCCAGGGGUGUCGUCUCCCGCCGCCGCAGUCCGACUCCGCCGGGGGGACCUGCCGGAGGACACGGAGAGCCAAACUUUUCUUUGAGGUUUUCAAGGCAAGACCGCUCCUCGCCAGCUUAACUGCCGCUUAAGCAGUUCCAGGACGCCGGCGGGGCUGGGUUUGUGGCCCCGGAUCCCCACCCUUUUCGGCGCGGCGCGGCGCAGCGCCCCGAAUCCGCAGCACCUACGACUCCUCCGAGAUUUCCAAGGGUCUCCUGGUUAAGGCACAGAGGAGGCGGGGGAAGGGGGUCCUUACCUCCGGGGCCACAGGCGCGAAGCCCUCCAUCCACACGGAGCCCUCCUCCUGCAGUUUCUCACCCGCCGCCAAAGUAACUUGGAGCGAAGCGGGGCGCACUGCGAGGGCCCUGGGCGGCGGCGGAGCCGUGCGCAGCCCGCGGCGCCGACGCUGAGCCGGGCCCGGCGGGCCAGUGUAUGUCUCCCCGCGGCUGCGGCGCGCAACUCCCGGUGACUGUGCAGCGUGCGCCGCCGCCUGCCCCAACCCGCGGUGCCGCCGCCCGGCCCGGUGCGCACCUCCUCCUCCCGGGGUGACCGGCCUGCCGCCGCCGCUCGAGACACAGCUUGGCACCCCUUCCCCCGCCCUCGCCGCCGCCACCACACACACGCAUGCUUCUCUCCAUCUUGUGAUUCCUUUUUUCCUCCUGAACCCUCCAGUGGGGGUGCGAGUUCGUCUUUGCCCCCUCCCCGACCCCCCCCCCCCGUCUCCUCUUCUCGUUCUCCUUCCCCUCCCCAGCUUGGUGUGCGCCUCUUUCUUUUCUCGCCACUCUUCAUUCUUAUUUAUUCAUAUUUAUUUGGCUCCUGCUCUCUUUCUCCCCUUCCCUCCCUCCCUCCGGAUCCCUGCUCUUUCCCCGGAGUGGCUUGUCGGGGGCUCCGCCGCUGGCCAGGCGUGAUGUUGCACGUGGAGAUGUUGACGCUGGUGUUUCUGGUGCUCUGGAUGUGUGUGUUCAGCCAGGACCCAGGCUCCAAGGCCGUCGCCGACCGCUACGCCGUCUACUGGAACAGCAGCAACCCCAGAUUCCAGAGAGGGGACUACCACAUUGACGUCUGUAUCAACGACUACCUGGAUGUUUUCUGCCCUCACUAUGAGGACUCGGUCCCAGAAGACAAGACUGAGCGUUAUGUCCUAUACAUGGUGAACUUUGAUGGGUACAGUGCCUGCGACCAUACUUCCAAAGGGUUCAAGAGAUGGGAAUGUAACCGGCCCCACUCUCCAAAUGGACCGCUCAAGUUCUCGGAGAAGUUCCAGCUCUUCACACCCUUUUCUCUGGGAUUCGAAUUCAGGCCCGGCCGGGAAUAUUUCUACAUCUCCUCUGCAAUCCCAGAUAAUGGCAGAAGGUCCUGUCUAAAGCUCAAAGUCUUUGUGAGACCAACAAAUAGCUGUAUGAAAACUAUAGGUGUUCAUGAUCGUGUUUUCGAUGUUAACGACAAAGUAGAAAAUUCAUUAGAACCAGCAGAUGACACCGUACAUGAGUCAGCCGAGCCAUCCCGCGGUGAGAACGCGGCACAAACACCAAGGAUACCCAGCCGCCUUUUGGCAAUCCUACUGUUCCUCCUGGCGAUGCUUUUGACGUUAUAGCACAGUCUCCUCCCGUCACCUGUCACAGAAAGCAUCAGGGUCUUGGAACACCGGAGAUCCACCUAACUGCUCAUCCUAAGAAGGGACUUGUUAUUGGUUUUUUGGCAGAUGUCAGAUUUUUUGUUUUCUUUCUUUCAGCCUGAAUUCUAAGCAACAACUUGGGGCCAGGAGGGCUCAAGUAGCUGCUGCUCCCCUGCCCUACCCCCCGCCCCCAGCCCUUGCCUUCUCUCAUCCCUUCCAAAUUGAAUGGACUCCAGAUGAAAAUGCCCAAUUGUCCAUAGUGACACCAGUGGUCGUCAGCGCCUGUGCAUUCUCCUCUAAGAGCCCACCUCCGUUAGCGUACUGUGACAGUGGUCUAUGGACAAGGAGGAACGGUGGCAGAUGUGGCUAGUGAUGGCAAGGCCCAGGGGGGGUUUUCCUCUCCCAUACAAUAUUUAUGCCUUCUCAUUCAGGACUGUAAGAUGAUCGUGCGGGGCAUCAUGUCACCAUGUCAAGUCCAGAGGGGAGGUAGUAAGGACAGAUAUAAUAUUACACCCUUUCCUCUAGGAGUACAUAAAUGAACAGGCUUCCAAAAGGUUGAGACACUGGUUUGUUUUGUUUUGUUUUUUGGUUCUUGGGGGUUUUUUUGUUUUUUUUUGUUUUUUGCUUUUGUUUUUUGGGGUUAUUUUUUUACGAUGACUGUCUUAAAGCACUCUUGACAGCAAAACUUGUGCUCCACGAAAGCAGCCUUUUUUUCUAGAAAGCAGGUCGGGUGCGGGAAUGCUAGCUAGCACAGAGCAAGGGUGAAAACAGAGAAAACUAGGUUUGGUGGGGGUGUGUACGUGUGAGUGCCUCUAAUUUUUUUGGUGACUGGACAAUGCACACCAGAUUUUUUUUCCCUUGGAAUACAGAUCACCAUGGUGCUACAAUAAUUUUUUUUAAAAAGAAACUCAAAGAGGCAUUUUUAUGAAUAAAGUGACCUUCCCCAAGGCUGACAAGCCAGGGUUGAUGAGUGUAUAAUGGAAUAGCUCUGGAUGCUCCUCUGGGGGACGAUAGGUACCAAGGAAAGGAGGUCAGUGGCCAGAGGAGAUGUGAUUUGGCUUUGCUGGAGCGCCAGUGCGUGCUGUGGCCUUUCCCCGACUCCCACCCUAGUACCCACGUUUCGCUCCACACUCCACAUCUACAGGGGCUCGGACACACAGCCCUGUCACCAGGAGAGUCAGUCAGCACUACUUGGGAGGGCUAAAGGGAAAUUUGGAAUAAAAAUUCCAAAGUUUGGAAUAAAAAAUUCAAGUGUUGAUUUUAUAUUCUUUCCCUUUCUGACACAGCCUGAAGCGUAGGGGGAACAUGUGUUUAUCUGUGGGAGAUAAACAAGAUGGAGUCCCAAAGACUUUAACAAAAUAUUUUUUUAAAAAUCCACUAGAAUAGAAAAUACAUUAUUUAGAUAUACUUUAUGCUGAGAGUGAGUAUAUAUGCUUGUCCUAUUUAAACUUGUGAGAAAAAAAGUGGUAUCCCUUGAUACAUUUAGAAAUAUAGGGGGCUAUCUUGUUUCAUUGUCGGGGUGGGGCAGAAGGAGAAUAAACGCAAGACGACCCUGUUUGAGGAAUCUUAGCAUGGCCAACAAGGGCCAUUUCCAGUUGAUUACCAGGAAAUACAAGCCUUGGGGGUUACUUAACUACUGGUGAGGCUGUCACCAACUUUGAACUCCAAAAGCCUAGACAGGGAAAAGUGUCAGACCAAUGGAAAAGAAAUCUAGCCUUUUUACUAUUGCACGACAUGUCAGUAGGAACCAUGCCUUUCAGAACAGAGCAAAAAGUAAAUGCAGUGAUUAUGUAACUUACGAAAAAUUGGAAGCGUUCCAGCAAAAUAAGGCUUUUUAAAAAUAGGUAUAUUUGUUUUUUUAAAAUGUCUAUAUGAAAAAAAGAGAGGGGUCAUAUUAUGCACAGACUUCGUGAAUGGGAAUUUGCUACGAAUUGUGAGUAGUUCUGAAUUAGAAAAAUGUGUGUGAAUGAAAGGCAGCUUGUAAAGGUACUUGCACCCUGGAGAGUUGUACACAUGUUGGCAUGUAAUCUGGGCUUACCUGAUCCAUUUGGAAUGGACGUUACUGCUGGGUCUCUUUGCACUUGGAGCCCCGGGGGUGGGGUCGCCAGCCUCACAGACACAAUCAGUGCUGCUUCCCCAGACAUCAGGAACUCCUCUGGAGUGACCGAGUCUUGUCACAGAAGGCAGCCACCAUUUCACUGGAACAGAAGUUCACAGCAUUGGAUUCUUUUUUCCUUUAACUCUUUAUAUGCUCAGUACUCUCAGUAAUAUCCAGUAAUACUUCUUUUUAUUAAUAGUUACAGGCUUGUUGGUCCAGUGGGAUUUGAGUGGGGGUGGGGGGAGGAUACCUGCUAAAAUGGAUCAACAGAACCAAAAUAAUACUGCAUGUUCUAUAACCACAAGGAAAUCGAAUGAUCCUGUAAAGAUUCCAGUUAGUCAUAACUACAUUAGCAGUGCUAAUUUCAUUUUAGAAAUGGUGACUUCUGUGGUUUUGCUAGCAUUCGUCUCUAACAAAUGAUAAAAUAAUUACUCAUGGCCCUCUCUGCCACUGUCUUUCAUUUUUCACAGUGAAAUUAGACCCCUUUACUUCAUUAUGCCACUACAAAUUAAGUUUGGGGAAAAAAAAAAAAGGCAAGACUAUCCACACCAGUAGACAGUAUGCUUCUCUACCGUUAAGUGAUGGAAUUGUAGGUAAUGUUGGCCACAGAGUUUCCAAGACAAUGAUUGGUAUCAGAGAGUUUUCUUCUUGUCCAGAAAGUGCUGGUGGCCUUUUAUGGUGGUGGUAACAACCCUCCGGGGGCUUAGGAGAAUGUCGAUGCAAUUUUGUAGCAGCUUUUAAUUAAACAACAACAACAACAACAACUCAAAGUCUGAAGGGCAGCCUUAGCUGCCUCUCAGCCCCAGUAAGUCAAACCCCAGCGACGUUUGCCCCUGGUUGCCAAGGGCUUUGCAACAUGAAGCAGGGAAAUAAGGAUCUGUCUGUUUAGUGGAUACCGUGUAUCCUUUAAUAGACCAGGUAACAGUUCGUGUUAGUUUAGACUAUUGUUUUGUACUGUACUUUCUUGGGUGGCAGAGGAAAGAAAAGUAAAACGUUAAAAAGAAAAAAAAAAAAAAACUGCGUUCUUUAAUUCUGUAUUAUUAGCGACCUCUGUUGUAUAUAGUGUUUGAUAAUAAAGUAUUGAUUUGAUUCUUAUGUCUUUUGUAAGUGAGAACAAUAAUCUUUCAGGAUACAAAACAUGCAUUGAGGUUUUGAAACAUCCACUGUAUACGUAGCUGAGAAGAGUCACAAAUGGCUAAGACACUGCUCCAUACAGGACUCAUGUGCAGUCAUCGCCCUCCCAGUCUUAAGACUCCACCAUCUUGGGACCCGGAACAACAUGGCUUUUUUGAUCCAUAUCUUAUCCUCAGUGUUUUCAAGGUCUGAUGUUGGAGCCCUGUGGUGUUUUUUCUCCCCCGGCAUGUUGGCUUAAAAAGGCUUAGGGAAUCUGGUGACAGUUCUGUACUUCGGCUUGGUUUUCUGUUUGUGGUGGUUUUCAUAGACGGUUUCAUUUUUCCCUCAGGACGAGCUGCCGGUAUCAAACGCAGCCCAAGCAUGGGAAAGGUUUCAAGCCAGUCCAUUUAGGCAGGUUAAAUGGGGGCUGUUGCCCUCUGCCAUUGUGAGAGGAAGAGUCGUACAGUACCUGUGGGUUUUCAGGGACUUUGUUUUUCUCUGGUGCCUUAGCAACGGCAGCAGCCAUUUUUAGGAGUUUACCCCAAAUUAAUUAAACCAUUUAAACCCCCUCCAUUCAUUGCUCUCAGAGCUGCGGUCAGUCGUUUCUCUUUUGAAAACCACCUCCACCAACACCCCCGUUUGCCUACCACCAGCCCCCCUUUUAUUUCUUACGUUUAUUUAUUUUAGUUUUUUGUCUUCUUGCCUUCCUCCCACGUUUUACUUUCCUUCAGAACCGUGAAUGGGCAGGUCUGGCUCUGGUUUGGCAUCGCUGAGUUCUUCCCAUGCAUUUGCCCAAGAGCUGCUCGGAUGUGAGACGAAUCCCCCCGCAGUGGGCUUGCUCCCAUUGUCUGUACAGGCUAAUAGAUGCUGGCAUGUUGGAGGUUACCCGUGAGUCCAAAUCCGCUUUCCAUGCUUACUCUUGACACCCCAUCGAAGCCACUCAUCGUGUGUGCGUCUGGGUGCGAAGUCCAGCUCCGUGUGGUCCUGUGUGUGCUGUACUGCCCUGCUUUGCAGUUCCUUUGCACUUACUCAUCGAGUGCUGUUUUGAAAUGCCGACAUUAUAUCAACGUAAAAAAAAAAAAAAUGUAAAAAAAAAAACAACCCCACACAAACCAACCCAUACAAUCUGUAUUUGUAUAUACACGUGUCCGUACAAGUAUACCUAAAUAAAAAUUAAAGAUUUUCAUCAUUUUAA